AUGGAGAGACGGCACAGGCUCGGGGCAUGCAUAGUUAUCUCCGGCACCAGCUGCUCCAUCAUCGAAGCCCCCGUCAGCUUCUCCACACGCGCCGCCAACUUCUCGCCGCCGCCGUUUUCGCACCGGGGGAUCAGCUUCGCCAUCUCAAAAGGUCCCGCUCGCAAUUUCGAUUUCCGGAAAAUUAGGAAAAUCGAGAGGACGCAGGCAAGUGCCGCGGCUAGGGCUACCAAAAUGGACAAGAAAUCGCCGGGGAAGGAAAUGCUAGAAAAAUGGGGGAAAGGUGAUUGGCUUUGGCCCAACCUCUUAUCACCACCAUUUUCUUCAGAUAAUCCAUCGAACGGCUUAUCUGAUACGGCCAAUGGAUACUUUUCAACAAGUGAAUUUCGAAUAAAAGCCUCGUCUUUACUGUUAUCAAGAUUCGGGUCCCCAGUGCCAGCAUCAUUCCGAGACUCAACUGGGCCCGACAAUUCAGCUAAAGCUUUCUCGUCUGCUUUUUCGGUUGCUGCUGCAUCUGAGGGGCAUUCUGAGCUACUGUUAAUAUCAUCUGCUCUUCGUGAUAAUUCCUGCGAGCACAAAUUGAGCUAUGAAUUCAAAAUUAAUACUUACUCGAGCCACAGAACAGACAGGAGCUUCAAUAUAAGACGAAGUACAGGAUGGAACUUGAAGAUGAGGGAAGGAAAUAACAUCACGUCACAACUUACCAAUAAGGAAGAACUUUCGACUGAGAUGAACUACCGAGCCUCAGCGAAUUUGCCUCAGACUGAUUACUGGUCGAAGGACAUCAAGAACCGAUUUCAAUGCCUGGAUUUUUUCGGGCUUCGAUAUUUUCAUGCACCGAUGCCUCCAGAACUCGACUUCGCAUUCCCUGGUCCAAGCCCGUUUCCGUUUUCCCCCGGCCCCAGAUUUACGAUAAGAUCCCUGGACAAUGUCCCUUAUAUCAGGACUAGCAUUUUCCUUUUCCCGCAAACGUUUUUGUCUGGAAAUUGUAGUGGACUCAUCUCGAACGAGUGA